AUGUUGCAGUCCCUGCUUCACCACUCUCAACAAGGCGAGGCGGACGGCGAGAGUGCUGCUCCGCCGCUGCUGCGGAGUCUGCUGCGCCCCGCGUCGCACUGCCCACUAUUUGACGUGACGAUGGAGAAGGAGCACGCCUGGCCGUGCGCCAACCUGCUUAGCGGGAGCGCGCGCUACCGCGCCCAGUACGAGGACGGGGCCCACCUUGUCAUGAGCGACAACCGCCUCCUCGUGGUGCGGCAGGGCGAGCACUUUUACUGCCCGCCGUGGGACAGCCCCAUCCACGACGCCUGCAUCCGGCAGCAGGGGGCGGACGGGGACGCCGUUCUGGCGGUCGGCCUCGCCGACGGCGUGUAUGUGGCGCAGCUGCGGGCAGCCCCACAGCUGCAGGUCGCGGACGACGUCUUCGUCGGCACGAAGCACGCCGUGGAAAAGAUUGUGUUUGCCCGCGACGGGGAGCUGGCGCUCUGCCACGGCAACGCCCACGUGGCGACCUACCAACUCGUCACGGGAGGCCAGCAGAAACUGGGCCUGCUCCCGGUCGGCGGACGUCACCCGUUAAACUUCCUUCACACGCUGGCGUCGCUGUGGGACACGCGCCGCUACCGCGACAGCGCAUACGACGCCAGCCGCGGAAGACUAUUCGUGCUGUCGAACGCCGAACUCACGGUGUGGGGACGCGCGUCGACGUCCGCGUUCGCCGCGGAGUGUUGCGUGCAGCUGCAGGGGAGCGCGGUCGCCGUGCUCCCAAGUUCUCCGCUGCACCGGUACGCCACGCUCGUCUUCAGCAACGGCGGGCGGCAGCCGGUGCUGUUUGAGGAGACACCCGCAAAGCGAUCCGACGAGGCCCGCCGCACGGUGCUGCGGUUGGGGGCGGUGCGCCCCCUGCCGGAGGACGUUCGCGUCGACAGCGUGGAGUUGGCGUCGCAGGAUGCCGAGGGGACGACCGUGUUGUACGACGCACGGACCUGUACCGCACUCUUGCUGGCCGCCGCCUCGCCCAUCUACGAAGAGAUUUACGACGUUGUGGAGGUUGUCUCCGUGCUGCGGCUCAGCACGUCGGCAGUGGGGGUGGCGUGCAUCAGCGAGCCGGCGGACCCUGCCGCGGCCUUCAUUGUGUACGGCAAGGCUGGGAUUCUGUGCCACAUCGGCGUGCGGUCCCUCGGUUGCAUGUUCGCGGAAAUUGUGCGGCAGCCAGGCCCAAGCGACGGGCCCCGCGCCUCGCUGCAGCGGCUUGGCCCAAAGCGGGGCAUCGGCGCCUUGGUGGGGGCCGCCUUCGCCGGGGCCGCGACGGAGGCGUUGUCGCCGCUGCUGACAGACCUGCUGCAGCCGGCGUUUCGCGGCAGCGAGAUGCGGGUGGCGCCUGGUGUGCACGGCAUCGUUGCGCUUGUGCACCGCGCGAUGGCCCUGGCAGAGUCGCUGUGGCGUGCCCCCCUCUCUUGGCAUCAGGCCUGUGGGCUAGAGCGCAUGGCCACCCACCUGUGGGCGUGGCACGAAAAGCUGGAAGCGCUGCUGCGCCCGUCUGGCUACCUCGACUGUCCCAAGCCGCUCGAGCUGUCGUGGAGCGGGUUUACCGCCACCGCGCCUCACCCGUUCACGCUACGCACCGCCCUGAAUGCGCAGGCGAUGCUGCUUGCGAGGCUCCUGCGGGGGCUGCAGGACGCCGGGGUGCUGUGCUGGCUGUACAGUCUGCGACUGCGCGGCAGCCUUGGCACAGCCGUCGCGGGGCGGAGUAGACUAGAUCGCGUGGUCUGGGGCGAUGACCCGGCCACGGCUGUCACAUCGCUUUGCCUGGAGAUCCUGGCAACGGAGGAUCGGUUUGCGAUGGCUCAGCUGGAGGCGCGGCGGGGACUUCUUCCGCCGCGCGCCCGCCACGCCGUGAGCGUUGCGGUUUGCAUCGCAGCCAACCAGCCGGAUGCGGCGUUGGCGUACGCCUGUGACAACGUUCGGUCGCUGCGGCAGGAGCAGGUGUUUGACUACGUGGCGGAAAAGCUCGAGGGGGCCUUCCCCGACAGCAUGCCGCACCUGCGGCUGUUGCUCUGUUGUCUGCGGCACAGCCGCGGCGCCGUCGCGGACGUGCUGGGGAUGCUGGAGCGCUACAGCCAAAGCGAGUCCGCCGAGCAGCUGAAGCGGCGCCUCGACGUCGUCCUGCAGGCGGCCGCCGAGCACCCCGCGCUGCAGCACGCCGUGCUGCGGUGGAUCUUCAGCCACCCCCUUGAGGACGACCGCGUGAUGGGCUUCGCGGAGGCGCUGGAGCAGCACGCCGUCGCGAUUGCGGAGCCGCACACCCUCACCGCGCUCUUCUGCGACUGCUGGCUUAAUCGCACGCGGCGCCCCGCCGCGGCCGCGCGCGGGUUCUGCGACAUUGCCCGGGGGCAGCAGCGCCUCGGCCUUGCCUCGCGGAUUCUGUGCGUGAAGCUCGCCCUGGAGGCGGCCCCAACGACGUCGGGGCAGCUUGUCUACUUUGUCCUGCUUCUGCAGGAGGAGCUGGCGGAUGCCAUCGCGGCGGCGGCGGCGGCGGCGGCCCCGUUGGAAGCCUGGCAGCAGGCGAAGGCCGAGGCGGACGUGGACGAGCUGCGGCACACGUACCUGGAGGAGCGGCGGCUCUUUCAGCUGGCCGGCGAGUACCAGCGGCAGGGCGGGGCGAAGGUGCAGCUGGACCUGCUGAAGGUGCACCCCGAGACCCCGGAGGGGGUCACCGUGGAGGUGGUGCAGGGCCUGCUCGAGUUUCUCCUCGCUACCGGCCUGCGCGCGACGGAGGCGGUGCGGAACGUUGUGCGGGAGUACUACGACGGCUACGCGGCCGGCCUCCCGCUGCUGCCGUUUGUGGCGCUGCUCGCCCAGCACGGGGAGUCGGCGGCGCAGAUCGCCGCGCUGCUGCACUCCAGCGGGGUGCCCCCGGCCGCCGUCUUCGACGUCUUUCUCCACUUCCUCGACGAGCGCGACGAGGGGGCGGGGCUUGGCGCGGGGGCCGUGGCGACGACGCUCGCCGCGACGGUGGCGCAGCUCUCCGGCGAGAGCAGGGAGCUCUGCGCGGCGUACCUGCUGGAGCGCAUCCGCGGCCUGCUCGCUGGCGAGCACGCGGCCGCAGCGCCGACGGGAACGGCGCUGCAGACGGGCGAAAUUGCGCAGCUGCAGCGCGCCGAGGCCUCACUGCGGCGGCCACGCACGGUGUCGCCCGUGUGA